GUUGGUGCAGCUCAGGUGCACAGGUAAAGUGACAGAGCAUCUCAGGUUUCGGUGGGCAUUCUUUGCCUUUCGUCUUUGAGCCAGUGCCCUGAAAGACUUCAUAAAUUCAUCAUGCAUUCACAGUGGAGAAGUGCUCAGGACUGGAAAGACCAAGGUCUUCCUUUGAGCACGGCCAGCAAUGAGGCGUGUAAACUUUACGAUGCCAUUCUGACACAGUAUGCUGGCUGGUACGAUGAAGAAAGCUUCGGUGGGAUGGAGGGAACACUGGAGAAACUGAAGGCAGCUGAUCCAGACUUUGUAAUGGGUCAGGUGGUAGCGAAUGGACUGGAGCUGCUGGGCACAGGCCGAAACACAAAGCUGGAUGCCGCCCUGCGUGAUGAUGUGAGCCGUAUGGUAGAACUGGCGCAAAACACAGGGAAGGACAUCUCAGCCAGGGAGAGGAAACACGUGGAUGCCCUUGAUAUCUGGGCUAAAGGUGACACUGCUCGAGCUUGCCUUGAAUGGGAGGAUAUCUUGACAGAAUUCCCAAACGAUGUACUGGCACUCAAAUUUGCACACGAUACAUAUUUCUACCUCGGGUACUCAGCACAGAUCCGCGAUAGCAUUGCCAGGGUUUUGCCGCACUGGAAGCCUACUAUGCCUCUGUAUGGCUACAUUCAUGGAAUGCACUCUUUUGGAUUGGAAGAAACAAAUUUGUACCCUGAAGCAGAAGCAGCAGCUCGAAAGGCCUUGUCAAUCAACCCACGUGAUGCAUGGGCCACCCACACCCUAUGUCACGUUAUGGAAAUGAUGGGACGACAGCACGAAGGAAUUCACAUGAUGCAGACCACCACACAAUACUGGGAGAGCUGUGGAAUGCUGGCUUGUCACAACCACUGGCACUGGGCACUCUACUACCUCGAGAUUGGAGACUAUGAGUCUGCGCUGUCUAUCUUUGACAAAGAGGUGACCGUCCGAGCGGCCAACUCCGGAGCUAUGCUGGACGUUGUGGACGUCUGCUCCCUGCUGUUUCGACUACAGAUUGAAGGUGUGGACAUUGGCCAGCGCUGGGACAAGGUGUAUGACGUGUGUAAGAGUCACCUCCACGACCACGUGCUGGCCUUCAACGACAUGCACAUCCUCAUCUCCUGUCUGGGCGCUGGACAGAAAGAGGCCGUCGCUGAGAUGAUGACAUCUAUUCAGAACUUCAUCAAGGAAGGUCAGGGCACCAACAGGGAUGUGAUGGCUAAUGUUGGUGAGGCGCUGCUGAAAGCUUUCAUAUCCUACAGCGAUGAUGACUUUGCUGCAGCUGUUGAUUUGGUGAACCCCGUGCGCUACAAGGUUGUUGAGAUUGGUGGAAGCAAUGCCCAGAGAGAUUUGGUGAACCUUUUCCUCAUCCAGGCUGCGAUAAAGUCUCCAAAGAAAGAGCAUCACAGGCUUGCCAGAGCUCUUUUGAAUGAGAGAAAAGUCUGGAAACCUAAUGCCCCAAUGACUGAUCGACUGAUGGCCAAAGCAAUAGAAGCCCACGCUGACUGAGUGUGAUAACGUUACAUGAUAAAUGAGUAAUUGAAACUAAGAUAAGAUAAAUUACCUCUAUUUCUGAGUCUGAGGUAAUUGUUACAGAUCAAACAUUUUCUCAUUGUUUCUUUUUUUCUGUUUCCUUUGGCAUUACAAAUAUCUUUUUCUUUUUUUUUUUGCAUUUGUGAUAUUCAUGAUUUCUGUGGGCCUAUUGGUACCUUUAUUUUCUGCCAGCUGUUUUCAUUUUUUGGGUUAUGAAUUGAACCGGUGUGCAGAGUUUCCAAGUUUGAAAAAUGUGCAUGGUGGGCGGGCACUCUGAUGAGGUUUGCUCCGUCUUUCCUAUCAAACAUGUGUUGCCUUUGUUUCUCCUCCUUCUAUUCCAUGUUAUGGUACUCUUCAGCAACACCUGUAAUCUUUGGCACUUUUAUGACUUAUUUGUGCUGCAAGUGACGUAAAACUGUAACUAAAACUAAGACUUGACCAGGUUUGAAUCGCCAGCAAUGUUUUGCUCCUCUUCCCCUUGGCCUGGUAUUCUAAUGGGAUUACUGCUCUCAGGUGACUUACAUUGUGUCUGGAAGAAUGUGUGACACCUUUACAGCUACCUUUGUUUUUUGUUCUUACGUCAGUUACUCCCUUUUAAACUGUACAAGUAGGUGGUUGGUGUGUGCUCUGGUGUGGUUUGCUUCUUCUUUCCUAUCAAACAUCUAUCGUCUUUAUCUCUCCUUCUUCUUUUUUGUGUUUGUUACUCUCUUGUAACACCUUUUAUCUUCGGCACUUAUAUUACCUUAUUGUAUUGCAAGUGCCGUAAAACACUUACUAAAACUAAAACAGUACAAAAUAUCUUGCUGCUGUUGUGUUCAGUCGAUUGUGAAGUUGAGAAAGGAGGGGGUAAAUCAAAUUGUUGCUGUUGUUGUUUUUGUUAACUGUUGUAACAGGUGUAGUUUUUGGAUGCUGUCAGUAGCCUUGUGUUUAUAAACUUUGCUAUUGCUCUUUGACUCAGUGCCAUAAUAUGUUGUAGAAGGUAGUGACCCUUUUGAGUUGUUUAUAUUGAACAAAAUCCUUUGUUUUGGGGCUUUCAUAUCAUUGAGAUUUGACGCGCUUUCAAUCGGAGGUAUUUAAUAUCGUCAGUGUCCGACUCUAACGGUGUAUCUGCCAAAUUGGGUCAAACACUUUGUGGGGGGGAACAAGGUAAUUGUGUCAUGAUGUAUAGUGGAAUCUGGUGCUCCUCAGUUUUUGGGUGUAUGAAGUUAUAUUGGUAUAACCUUAAAGCUUGUUCAUUUGCCUCGCAUUUGAUGAAAAAAAUACCUAUGUAUCUUUAAUAGAAGAAGAGCUAUUUACAAUUGAAAAAGAUGGGGAUCACCUAGUGUCAGAAGUACGUAGAAUUAGCGAGAAAAUGGCCGCCAAAAUUUUGUGACUUCCAAAGCUGUAGUAUCCUUGGAAACUACAUUUUAAAAUUCUUGCAGAACUGUGUUUUAGAGUGGAGACAAAAGACGUUGAGCUCAAGACAAAGAAGUCAAUAAAAUUUGCCUAACGGGUGGAAAAAAU